CCGGCCCCGCCCCGCCAGUCCCCGGGGCCUGCGGCGGUGCCUGUCCGCGCUGCGGGCCCUCAUCGCCGGGCCGUGAGCGGCGCUUCCGAGAAAUUCUUCCUAUAUGGAUCAACCUUCUAGUGAUGGUGAAACUGGAAGAAGACCCCUCUAAGCCAACCCCAGGAUGAACCGGGUGCCAGGCGAUGCAGAAAAUGCUCACAGUAGCAGUGUGGAAUCCUGUCCUUCCUUGCGGGAUGUCCACUCCAUCAACCCAACGCAUCUGAUGGCAAGGAUUGAGUCAUACGAAGGCAGAGAGAAGAAAGGAAUAUCAGAUGUUAGAAGGACUUUCUGCUUGUUUGUUACAUUUGAUCUCUUAUUCGUCACCUUGCUGUGGAUAAUAGAAUUAAAUGUAAAAGGAGGCAUUGAGACUACCUUGGAGAAAGAAGUCCUACAAUAUGACUACUCUUCUUCAUAUUUUGAUAUAUUUCUACUGGCAGUCUUUCGGUUUAAGGUGUUAAUACUUGCAUAUGCAAUGUGCAGACUGCGCCAUUGGUGGGCCAUAGCUUUUACAACAGCAGUGACCAGUGCCUUUUUAUUAGCAAAAGUAAUUAUUUCACAGCUGUUCUCACAGGGUGCUUUUGGCUACGUGCUGCCCAUCAUCUCCUUCAUACUCGCUUGGAUCGAAACUUGGUUUUUGGACUUUAAAGUGUUACCGCAAGAAGCUGAAGAAGAAAACAGAUUUUUGAUAGCACAGGAUGCUUCUGAACGAGCAGCUCUUCUUCACCCAGGAGUCCUCUCCGACGGGCAGUUCUAUUCUCCUCCUGAAUCAGUAGCAGGAUCUGAUGAAGACUCUGAAGAAAAACAAGACAGUGAAAAACCAGUUGUAUAGCAAAUAUGAAAAAAAGCAGCCUCCCUGUUUUCAAUAUGUUUUCUCCGCUCGGCGUCUUUGUUCAUCCUGACCCGUGUCGUCUGUUACAGAAAGAAAAAAAUCUCUGAGGGAAGUUGUUGGGGUUUGAAAACCGGCCAUGGAGCCUGUGGUGGACUUGGUGGUGGAGCUGCCCAGAGGAGAAGGUGUUCCUUAGAGAGCAAAGGGAAGGGUUCCCCUGUACUGUGAUACCUCACAAAGCUCUACCUUGUUGACGUGUAUAUUAGGUUGCCUCCCAGGUGGUAUGAAAAUAUUUGUCCAUGAUGUAUAUUAUUAUUAUUAUUAUUCAGUGAUUCCUGAAGUUGAUCUUCUAAUGACUAGGUAAUUACUGGAACGUGUUGUCUUGUGUACCUAAUCAAGAGACCGGUAAUAUAAUGAAACUUCUCUAUGAUGAAAGUAUAUUUAAAGAUUGUUGGGACUCACGAGGUAAAACUAUUUUAUGUUAUUGCAAAUUUGUCAUUAGUUUUAUGUUUACUUUUUUUUUUUAACUCCAUGCAUUAUGUUUUUUUUUAAUGGGUAUGUUCACUUUCUAAAAUAAAAAUGUUAAAAUGUG